CAUCAGCCCCACACUUUGGCUACAAAUAGGCCAGAGUCAGAGACCCACUGGUGUUUCCAUCUGUGGACCUGUCAUGGAUCAGAAACGAUUUGGCAUCCUCUUCACAACUAUUGUUUUACAGUGUCUUAUCACGAGGAAUGUGAUGUCCAAUCAGGAAAGAGACUGGGUUGGUGCAAAGGCAACAGUAACAGAGGGAGAUGUGGCAUGUUUCUCUGAAUACAUGGACAUGUGGAUUCACCGUGCAAGAAUUGACGGCUUGGGACUCUGGCUGUCUGGGGCCUUACGAAUCCAAGUCAACCUUGCCUCGUUGGAUCAACUAAACCUCCAGCUGUCUGCCUGUGGAUUUUCACUGCACAAAGACCCCGACAAGAACUUCAUUUUUAGAGUCAGUUACACUGGAUGUUUUGUCCAACAGCAGCAUGGCUUCCAUGUCCUCGCGCUGAAUUUGGUGAAGAGGAUAAAUCGAUUCGGAGGCCGACCUCACAGCUUCAUAAUGACAUGUCCUGUGGUUUCUGUGGUGCCCAGCAGGGAGAGAGUCCAGUGUAACCCAGAGUUUAUUCAGGUGAUUAGACAAGUUCCCCAUGACAACUGGAAUAAUGAGUUACAGUGGUCACUGUCUCUGAGCGAUCACCUCGUUGUGGCUGUAGAGGAUGCCAGCCUGAUCCAGAUGAACAUUGUGAUAAAUGGACCUGACAUUGUAGCUCAAGGCAGAAGGAGCGACAUCCUGAGCCCUGUGGAGGUAUUGGAUGAAGAAGCAGAGUUUUUGGCCUUGAAGCUGGUCAGCGGUCAAUAUGCCUACAGUAUGGAAGCUGUUUGUCCAAACGUGACUACAUUCAUGGCGGAGGAGACAGUGCUGCACAUUUUCAAGAGACGCAUGGGCUUGACCAAGCGGGGCGGCUUUGACAGUGAGAGACUGACAGUCAGGGACGUGUCUGUGAACCAGACCAACAAUUUCACUGUGCAUGAGACGGGGGAGUUUGUGUCCCUGGUCAUUCCUACAACCCAAAUACUCCAGACCAAGGCCUGUGCAGACAGCAAACAACUCCUGCAGUCCUUCUACAGGGUGGACGUUGUGCUCACCUUCAAAGAGACAAAUCACAAAAUGCACUGGACCAUGGAGAACACACUGCCAUGCACAGCUGGGCCGGCAGCAUCUUACAUCACAUCCUCUCUUGAGCCAAACAUCACAGACCCAUCCAUGCUCAACCCUAUAAAUAAGAGUUUAACUACAGAAUGACUGUUAUUGGAUCACUCCGCCGUCCUCGUAGAGACACAGAACAAGACAGGCGAAGAGAUGACAUGACACGAUGGCAUUUUCUGCAAUUAGUUCAGAGGGCGGCAGUUUUAAUUCUCAUACUGAAGAGAUGACAAAAGAUUCAACGUGGGAGAGUUUAAUGAUGACACUGACACUUCCUUCAGUGCAACUGUAAUGGACUUGACUUUCCACACAGAGGUUGUAAUAUAACAAGAAUAUCCACAAUUCAACACAACUGGAAAGAGUCAGGAACAGCAAAAUCAAACAAAACUGAAGUGGAUUUGGAAAGAGAGGAAACCUGACAACAUUUGUGACAAACUGUCAGAACCUUUGCCAACGGAAACAUCAUAAUUCAGUGUACCAAAGCAAACACCAUAUUUUAAUAUCCCCCACUGCUUUGAGGCCUCUGGGUUCAUUCCUUUUGUUUUUCUCACUGGUUCCAUGUGAUACAUGUCUGUUUGCUGUCUUUGAGGAAAGGCUGUGGUCAGUCAGCGAUGUGCAUGUUGAUUAUACAAGCAGAAAUACAGCCAGACCUCUGCCAGCCGUUGCCUGAGGGUGGACAUUGUCCAGACACAGCCAAGGCAGGCGUUAAAUAAACAUGUGUCUACCCAAGCAGCACAACAGGUUGAUGUAGAGAAGACUCUGCAGUUAUAGUUGGUGGCACCAGAGAAACUGUAGAGGCAGUUAUUAAAAAUGCCACUUCUUGCCCAUGAUGAAUAUCACACUUUCAUGUGUGUUAGGGUGAACUUGAUGCUGUAUGAAUGUUCUCUCCUGAGAAGAAAACGUGUCAUGUUUCGGACUGUUCAGCUGCUUUCUGUAACAUGUGCUGCAGCACACAGUGUCAGCAGUAGAGGGCAGUGUUGAAUGUGUUUUCUGACUUCUGCCUCUGAGCGCGGCCUGCCUUCACAUGCUCUUUUCCAAAUUAACCCAGGUUUCAAUGUUUUUGCCGUGAACUUACUUUCACCCUUUGUUGUAGUUUUUCAUGCAUUACUGUUUGAGUUGUAUGUUAAUUAUGAAAUACCCAUAAAGACAGGAAAAUGUAGCAUGUUUGCCGGUGUAGUGAUUUAAAUGCGUUAAAAAUCAAUCGAAUUAUCAAAUUAAAAACAUGUCCCAGAUUCUGUUGACUUA